AUGCAUCAGUCCGCUCUGAAGAAGAUGAAUCAGUCUGCCUUUGCUGUUGAUUCAACCCAAGCCCUUCCAAUGCGUUUUCGAAUUGCCAGUUCUUCCGACGGAUGUGGCUUGGACACUACUCCAGAUCAUGUGGGAGGAAAGCCCGAUGAUCUUGAAGGCGGUGAAGGUGAAGGUGAUGAGAACGAUGAUGAGAACGAUGAGAACUUGGACCCGCAACAGUAUCUUGGACUUCUUGGUAGGCUGGCCAAGGAAAAGAAGCGAGCUGCUCCUGGUGGGCCUACACUGAGUGCCAACCAGCCCAUCAAGAAGCCAAAAGGUCAAACUCCGGCUUCAGGUCCAGGUGGAGUUACGUCCAAUACAAAAACGAAUAAAAGAAGAAAGAUCGGAGAGAACACCGCUCCGACACCGAAACCGCCCAUGUUUGAGGAUGAGACCGGCAUUGAAGGCACUUCUGAGGAUCACACAUUGGUAGAGCCCUACAAAAAACAACUGGCUGAAGUGAUGAAGCUUGACGCUGACAAAUCUGAUGAUGCUGCGUUAGCGGUUUGGAUCAAAGAGAGGACCAAGAAGGUCAAUGACCUUAAAGCUGGUGUCCUUGGCAAGAAGAAGUCUUUGCGCAGAAGGACCUCUGAUACAACUUUCUUGUUUGGGGAGCUUGACAACAUCAUGGCGGAACUUACCGGACUUCAGACUUUGUUGAAGAAGCUUGGAACUGGUCAAUCCGAGGGCAGCUCAAUCUAUGAGAGCAUCACCGGCAACGAUCUUUUCACUGAUGUUUCCAAACCAAUCUGGGAACGGGCCUUGCAAGCGGUGAGUUUUUUGGGCAAGUCUGACCAUUGGUUGGCACAGGCACUCAAGCUUGACAAGGGGAAGAAAGCUGUGCAAUUGGCUCUAGAGAAUGCUACAAACCGCGAACAGCAGAACGGCAUCUUGGAAAAGAUCUCCAAAGCGCAAUCUGAUUUGGAAGAGCAAGCCGUCACAGAGGUAGAUCAGCUGACAAUGACCCUGGACAAUACCUAUGGCAAAAUGUUUCUUGGCUGCCAUUGA